UGUAAGCUAAUCAUAAUUAAUCAAGAAAAGAUUUUUCAUUGAGCAGAGAUAGACAUUCUCUCAAUACCCUAAAUUCAUAUAUUUUUCUCGUAAAAUCUUUACCAUGAGUCACUACAAUCAUCAUCAGGCUCCGCCCACUUCAUACCUUUCGUCACCGGCCGGUGCAUAUCAAGGGCAUCUGCCGCCGUCGUACCCGCCACCACCAGAAGUUCAGCAAGGAUACAGUACUAGAACUCAAGGUGAUCCGUAUGUUGUUGUUGCACCACCAGUUAAUUACCCUAUGAAAAGUGAUGGACCUCCAGCUGGAUACCCCCAAGAGGCAGCUCCCUAUCAGCAGCAGCAGCAGCUACCAAAAUCUCAUCACCAACAGAGAGGUGGUGGAUUUUGGGCAGGAUGUUGUUCUGCCAUGUUUUGCUGCUGCCUCUGCGACCUGUGCUGCUUGCCCUGCGCAGUAGUUUAAUCUUAAUUUCAGAAGAUUAUGAAUUGUUUGUAACUAUAUAUUUGAUUUGUAUCUGGUUCGUACGUGCACCGACCCGUCCCUCAAUAAUACUUCCUUAAUUCUGUCGA